UGUUUGCUUGUUUUUCAUAAUAAGACAACUAGUUUUCUUAUACGAAAGGGAAAAUUUCCGAUCUUUUCGUUCCGACUGCAUUCGUUUACUUUUCUACUAAAUAUCGAUUAAGCCGUGCGUGUGACAUCGUUAUCGUUUGCGCCGGAAUGUUAUUUGAUUAAAGUUUUGUGUGCUGGAUAUGGCGGGCAGUAUAAUAGGUUAGGUAAAUUUUUAAUGUGUGUAAAUACUAAAUUACGGAAUUUAUUGUGAGUUAUGAAUGAGAUAUAUAUGCAAGAGGUAAACUAUGGCUUUCCAUCUGAAGCGAAUUAUCCAUUGGGUGAUGAUCAAAGUUUUGUGACAGCCACUAUGUCUUUGGCUCCAUUUUCCGUCUCUUACAGUUCCACAAGCAGUACAGCUACACAAAAUGCAUCCUACACAACUACUAGUCAAACAAAUCUCCAGAAUAGCAAUCCUUUCACAGAUCUUAAUGUCAACAAUAGGCCUCAUCACCAACAACUGAGCCACUCUCAGUUGAAUGAAGUUAAUCGUAAUGGUCUACAGAAUUCACUUGCUCGUUCCCCAACCUGUCGUGACCGUCCAUCUGAAAAUGUCAUUGAUAGUCACCCUGUUGACCUGUCUAGUCCUAAGCCACAAAACAGAUAUGGACAAAUGGGUUACUUGAAUAUACCACGAGAUAAUACUGGAGCAUUUGCAGGUUAUAAUCGCCCAGGAACUAACUAUGAAAAUGAAAUGGAUACUGGUCGACCUGAUUAUGCUUCCGGGCGAGUAAAUGGUGAGCAACCUCAGCAGCAGUCUCACCAUCCCCUUGUAGCUCAUGGUGCUCUUAGUCUUCCUUUACUUUCGCAGGGAAGAGGCCAUGCACCUCCAAGUCCCAUGGCAACCCCUUCUCCACCUGUUGAUGACAGGCACAGAAGCAAGAGAAAGGAUCAGAGGCUAACUAGGGAAUGUAUGAAAAAGUACCUUAGGGAACGAGGUGAUAUGGUGCUAGUAAUAUUACAUGCAAAAGUUGCUCAAAAGUCUUAUGGCAAUGAAAAAAGAUUUUUUUGCCCACCACCUUGUAUAUAUUUACUUGGAGAUGGAUGGAGGAAGAAGCAAGAACAAAUGGUGCAUGAUGGCGAAAGUGAACAAGGCUCUCAGUUAUGUGCUUUCAUUGGAAUUGGCAAUUCAGAUCAGGAAAUGCAACAGUUGGACUUCAAUGGCAAAGUGAGUAGCUAUUGUGCUGCCAAAACUUUGUAUAUAAGCGAUUCAGAUAAAAGGAAGCAUUUUAUGUUAUCUGUAAAGAUGUUUUAUGGCAAUGGAGAAGAUAUAGGAGUAUUUCAUAGUAAAAGAAUUAAAGUGAUUUCCAAGCCUUCCAAAAAGAAGCAAUCUAUAAAAAAUGCUGACUUAUGUAUAGCAUCCGGAUCAAGAAUUGCACUGUUUAAUCGAUUACGUUCUCAAACUGUGAGCACUAGAUAUCUUCAUGUGGAAAGUGGAAAUUUCCAUGCUAGUUCUACCCAGUGGGGAGCUUUUACUAUUCAUUUGUUGGACGAUACAGAAUCUGAAUCUGAAGAAUUUACUGUUCGUGAUGGUUAUAUUCAUUACGGUUCUACUAUAAAAUUAGUUUGUUCAGUGACUGGUAUGGCUCUGCCAAGACUAAUUAUUCGUAAAGUAGAUAAACAAACAGCCUUGUUGGAUGCAGAUGACCCUGUUUCCCAACUUCAUAAAUGUGCGUUUUAUAUGAAAGAUACAGAAAGGAUGUACCUUUGUUUAUCACAAGAGCGAAUUAUUCAAUUUCAAGCAACCCCUUGCCCUAAAGAACCAAAUAAAGAAAUGAUAAAUGAUGGAGCAUCCUGGACAAUCAUUAGCACAGACAAAGCAGAAUACACAUUUUAUGAAGGAAUGGGACCUGUAAGGACUACAGUAACUCCAGUGCCAGUUGUACAUAGUCUUCAUUUGAAUGGAGGGGGAGAUGUAGCUAUGUUAGAAUUAAAUGGAGAAAAUUUUACUCCUAAUUUGAAAGUAUGGUUUGGAGAAGUUGAAGCAGAGACCAUGUACAGAUGUCAAGAAAGCAUGUUAUGUGUAGUUCCUGACAUUUCUGCCUUUCGUGAAGGAUGGCAGUGGGUGAGGCAGCCAACACAAGUGCCAGUAUCCUUAGUUCGUAAUGAUGGUAUUAUUUAUUCAACGGGUCUAACCUUUACCUAUACUCCUGAACCUGGUCCUAGGACUCAUUGUCCUGCUGUGGAAGAAGUUUUGAGGCCCCCCGAUCUUCGAAGAGAUGAUCCCAGACAUCCUUCACACAUGUAUUCCACUUCUGAUCACCCCAUGUAAUUAAGCCAAUCAAAGUCCUGUAGGAGCUGUGCUCCUGUAUGUCUUGCAAAAAUAAACUGUAGUAUGCUGUGUUCAUUCUGAACAAAAAUUUAUUCACUGUAGUUAAAAGGUCUGAUCAAAGUAUCUUUAUACAGAUCUCAUAUCAUUUGGACAAACAGCUUUGAUGCAAAAUGUGAAGUUUUAUUUUAAGGCAUUUUUUUUUUCAGGUUUAUUUCCCUUUAUAACGACUGAAGAAUCUUUGAUUUUGUUUGAGUGUUAAUUCUGUGGCUGUUUCUUGUAUUUUUUUGUAGAGAGAAUUCUUGUAGUGUCUCAUUUAUUUUUCAUUGUCUCAUUUAUCACUCAUUGUAGUGUCCAUUAUAUUUUUCCUAACUUAUUCUCAAGAGGUUUUAUAAAUUGGAAAUAGAUUUCCUUUUCUUCAAAAACUCUGUUUCAUUAAUAAAUCGAGUCCAAGGUUGACUGAUAGUUAGCAUUGGAAAAUGAUACUAUUUAAUUUUGUGCAGCUCUGAGGCUUUAGAUAGGAUUUUAAAUAAUGAGCCCGUGAUCAAGCAUUUUCCUCAUUUUUCUCGUAGUUCACUAUAAAUACUGUUCGCUGAAUAGCACCUUUAAAUUUUAGUAAGCUUGGUUCAUGUAUUAUAGCUUUUGAACUGAAUUUCUUUGAAUGCAACUUUAUUGGAAAAUAUAAAUUUUUACUAUUUGCUCAUUUACUUUUUAUUAUGUAUAACAUAAAAAAUGAAAUUAGUUUACUAUAUUUGAUUUUUUUUAAGGCUUUGAAAUGGAUAUUAUUCUUUAGAAAAGCCUUGGUAGAAAGGGGACUUUUAAUUAUUUGAUGUUGAAUAAACAUCGAUCAUUACCUUAUUUGUCUUUUAUUAUUCAUUCUUUAGACUUUUUAUUUGAAAAGUAAAAUUAUGGCAUUAUUGAUCAUAAUUUGAAUGGAUUUGUUAUAGCCAAAUUUAGAGAUUAGUCCUUAUUUUAAAGUAGUGAAUAAAAAUAAAAAUUCUUUAAAAAAAAUUGAAAAAUGAAUGAGCAUUGUACCUUAAGAGAAUUUAAAUGAAAGAACACAUUAUAAAGUUUGAAUUUUCAUGUGGGAAAUUUUAAUUCAAUUUACGUAAAACGAAUGUAUGUUUUCUAAAAUUUCUUGAUGUGAAAAUUCCUUUGUCUAGAAUAUAAGGAAAUAUAUUUGAGGCUAAUUUAUUUAUACAAAAACUGAAAGCUGCUGUAUGUUGAUAGAGUGGAGAAUAGAUUUAAAUUGUUGUGAAUGAGUCGAUUUAUUGUAGAUGAGCAAAUAGUAUUAGUUGGAUUUAUUAUUUAUUUCAGUUUUUAAAGUAUAAGAAAUACAUAUACUCUCUUUUGCUUUUUAAUACUUAAUUUGUACUAAUUUGCUUAGUUUAAUCAUAGUAUAAAAUUUUCUCUUUUAUUUACUCUGUUCUUAAGAGCACAGUAACAAACACUUCUUUUAAAAAUUGUGUUAACUUUUGAUUUUUUUUUUAGGAAUUGUAUAUAAUUUGAAAGAAUAAAUCCUGCAAAAUUUCGAUACUGAUUUUUUCCCCCCCUUUAAUCAUUCACUGUUUCAGAAAUAAGCAUAUAAUAUGAGCAUUGUAAAAUCUAUUCUUUUUUGGAUUUUUCAAGUUUGUAUAAAACACCUUAAAAUUAUUUGUUGAGAGAUGAAAGAAAUGAAAAUUGGUCUACAAGGACCUGUAUUAUAUUUAGUAGGAAAUACUAAUUAUAUUUUCAUCACUAUAAAAAUAGACAAAAAGAACCCAAUAAUAAUGAGAAAUAAAAAGAUCUUUUUAAAAAGGAUUUAAUUUAUGAUAAUAAAAAAAAAAAUCCUUCUGGCCCUGUAUAUACUAUGAGGAAUAUGUGCAUAUUUUAAAUGUACAUAAUUCCUUUUUUUUUAUCAGUUUAAUACUGUAUGUUUCUUUUAAGGACUUUUUUUGGUGAAAAGUUUAGUAAUAUUAUGUACGGAUAGAAAUAAAUUAAUUUUAGUAUUUGUUUUAAAUCUCUUUGUGUUUACAGAAGAAACAUAUCAAUCUUUUAAAAACACCUUUCAAUUAAUUUUUCUAAUAGUACGUGAUUAUUUCAUCAUUGUUUAGUUUUUAAUUCUAGCUAUCCCAAGAACAAUCAUUAGAUCUGUUAUUUUUAGUAAAUGAAUUUCAUUUAUAAAGCAUUCCAUUAUUUUUCUGCUAUUGUAGUUUUAAAUUAUUAUCCUUUUUAAAAUUUUUAGACAUUUAUAGAUUUCUAUGAAAUUGAUACAUUGCAUUUUUAUAUUAAUUGCACUGAAAAUAUAUAUACUCUGUACAUAUUUAGCAAUAUAUUAUAUUCUAUCAUUUAUAAAAUAAUUCUCCAUUGUUGUACAUAAAUCUUAUUACAUGACUUCAUAUGUAGACUUCAAUGUUGUCAAUUUUGUAAAUAUGUUAUCUGUGAUUCAUUCAAAUUUGUUGACUGAGUGAAGCUUUAAAAAUUUGUACCUUUGUUGUUAAUCCAUUUUUAUAAUUUGUGGUGAAGAGGAAAGCAGCCUGCUGUUGAACUAUUUGAUGCUAAUGAAGAAACAAAUAUUUGCGUUGUAUUAAUAUAUACCUUCAAAAUGACUUACACUGUGGGUCCUGGCUAUAAGUAGAAGCUGGUAUUUAUAAUUUGGUCUCACAAAAAUGAUGAAAAUAGUAAAUGAAGUUAGAAAAAUUUAAAUUAUGAAUGAAAUCUUUAUAGCUGUUUAUCUUGAUUUUAUUAAAAUUCCAUGUAUAAACAUAUCCAGAUAUUAUUAUUAUUUGUUAAUCUCUAAUGAAUUAUUUGGCCCCUAUUUUGUUUUUCCAUAUAUUUAUAUGUGGCUCAAGAAUUAAAUUGUUCAAAAAUGCAGUCACAAACAGGGGGGAAAAUAAUAAACAUUGUUUUGUAGAUAUACUGAAAUUGUGAAUGGAAUACAAAAUUAUUAUAUUUGUUUUGUAUAGAAAUAUAACUUUUCUUGUAAGAUAUUAUUAAAAAAUAAGAUAUUUUUAAAAAAUUAAAAUGACUCUGCAAGGGAAAAGGAGGAGUGAGUCUUUAGAAGAAAAAUUCAGAAAAAUGAGCUUAGUUCUUUCUGUUUAUUCUAAGGUAUAAAAAAAUUAGCCAUAAGUUAAAAAAAAAGUUUUUCCUGUCAAUGCUUUAAAAGAAUGUCUUAUAAAAUGUUAAAUAACUUACCUCUGAAGUAUUUCAUUAUACAAAGCUUGAAGCAAAGGCUAUUUCAUGUUUUUAACAGGAUGUAAUAUUCAUUUUAAAGUGAGCAGAGUAAGAAGAUGUAAUAUAACUGGAUAUUCUUCUCUUCUUUGUUCAGUUAUUUUCCUGUGGCAUAUAAAAUAAGUUUUAUUGAUUAGUAAUUUAUGAAGGUGAUGCCAUAGCUAGUAAUUUUAUCUUGAUUUAGCUUACAUUCUGUUUUUGAGAGUAAUUUUGGAAAUGUUGUCUUUAAUGGUUAAGCACAUGCUUAAUUCAUGUCAUUUUACCUAAUCUGUCUCAUUGAUUUUAAAAACUAGCUCUGUUAAUCAAAAUCAAAUGUUUAAUCACAGUUAAUUUACAAAUAUAUUAAAAGAUUGAAUUAAUUUUAAGUUGCAAAAUUCUAACUUUGCUUUCAUUUGAUUCAAAGUCUUUAGCUAAGUUGGACUAUAAAAACCAAUUUGAAUGAUUUUCAUUGUGUACUUGUUGAUCUAUACUGUUGACAUAUUAGUUUUGAAAACUCUACUUUAGGGAUUUUAAACUUCAUUAAUUUUAAUUAUAGAAUUUCAUGUGUUUUUAUUUGUUUGUUUAAUAUUCAUGUAUUUUGAUAUUUAGCUGAAAUAAAAAAAAAAUUAAUUCAUGAUUUAAUAAGAGAGCUUUUUAGUUUAUGAAAUCAAACUUUCUAGUGAUAACGAUUCCUUCAAGGCUGUUUUUCUUCUCCCUUAGAGUAGAACUGUAAUUAAAUAUUGUACAGAUAACU